AUGGACUCGCCUACCAACCCCAUGUCGGAAGGUUCAAUAACCCGCGCGGUCGAGAGGCUCGGGGCUGAGAUUGAGAAGAAAAAUCUACUGGGCCACCAGAUCCUCACGAAUUCUUUGGAGGAUCUGUCUCUUGCGGACGUGCCAAACGACGCCAGGGUCAUAUUCCCUCCCACGGCUGACGUCACAAAGCACGACUUCGGCUCUUCCACCGCGGUGCAUAUUACAGCGGAAGAUGUAGUGGUAGUCCAGCAAACUUCGAAAGAAGCCUGGUUUACACUGAAUUAUGGACACCAAGCUUGUUGCUUCUUCUAUGACCCAGGAAGUGACAAUAUCUUGUUGCAGAAUAUCGGACGGGGCCAAAUCGAUGUCGAAUGCAUUGAUCCUGCAAUAGGGGGUACUUGCGUCCGCUUAAAACGCGUCGAAGCAGCCCGUGUAGCCCCUGGACCUUGGAGAAUUUGGUCAGUGUCGGCGACGCGGGAGAUUCUGGUCGAGUUUCUCUUGUUGCGGCGGCGUUACAAUCUCGAGAAGCUGCUUCCGGGACCGAGAGCUGGAGUGAAGAGAAGAGAGUCACCGGUUAUUGAAAGCUCCAAAAGCAAACGUACAACCGGUGGCGGAAACGACAACGAAAGUAUAAUUUUGUUCAACAGCCCGGAUCAAGGAAAAAUUCUUUCGGACGGAGCAAAGACCAUAGACGUGGGAAAUCCUCUGAUUGAGCUUGAACCAGGAGCAGAAAUCUCCAUCAAGACAGUGGAUCAAACAGGUUCAACUGUCGGGGAUGCGGCAGAAAACUACUCCGUGAUGAGUCUACGUGAGAUCUCCAAGUUCAGAGGCAUAAGAUCGGUCUUUCGCGCGAACCAUUCGGCAUUCGGCGACAUAGUGGUCAAGCCUGCAAUUAUUAAGUUCCACGAUUUAGAUGCUAGAUUAUACUCUAUAUAUAUGGAAUAUUUGCCGUACGCUGACCUUGCAACAUCACCAUGGGCAAAUAGACCUGGAGACUUUUGCUUCACUGGCACUCUUGACGAUGCCAAUUGUGUUUUUACUGGCAUGGCGUCUGCAAUUGAAUAUCUCCAUAACAAAAGAAUCAUCCACAAUGAUGUCAAACCCGGAAAUAUCAUCUAUCAUCCUGGGCGAGGACCCAUCCUUAUCGACUUUGGUCUUUGCACCAAGCUCGGCGAUCCCCCUGUACGAGGCGGAACUGCAUGGUAUGUUCCACCUGAAUUACUGGAUUUUCAAUCCAGGGGACCUGAGAGCGACGUUUUUGCGUUGGGAGUUGUAAUGUUGUAUCUGUUGAAGAAACUUCCGUUGCCCGAAUCUACUGGUCGUCAAUGGCCGAUAGCAUCUAUUUCGAUUGCUCCCGCGCAAAUGCAAAUGAGAAAUUGGCUCGACAGAGUGGCUGCCCUCAGACGUCAACUUGAACCGACAGAUCUAGAGGGCUUAGUCAAAAGCACUCUGGCUUCCCUCCCAGAAAAAAGGGCAUCAGCCCAGGAUUUAGUACGACGUCUGCAAGAGGCAAAGCAAUCUAUGGAACCAUAA